UUUUUUUUUUUUACAGUAAUGUAGCACCUGCCCCAUUAAUUUUGUUGUGUUUUGACAAGUGGACCUCUUCUGAUGCUGUAACGUUGCCAAGCCUGCCCACCAGCAUGUCUGUUUCCAUUAUUAUAAAGUGGGGUGGACAGGAGUACUCCAUUAGCACACUGUCUGAGGAGGACACCGUGUUGGAUCUGAAACAGUCCAUUAAAUCUCUCACAGGAGUUCUCCCAGAACGACAGAAGCUCCUGGGAUUGAAAGUGAAAGGUAAACCAGCAGAAGAUGAUGUCAAACUAGGUGACUUGAAGUUGAAGCCCAAUACCAAAAUUAUGAUGAUGGGCACCAGAGAAGAAAGUCUGGAAGAUGUAUUGGCGCCUCCACCAGAAAAUGAUGAUGUGGUCAAUGACUUUGACAUUGAAGAGGAAGUAACAGAGGUUGAAAACAGAGAGGAGAAUUUGGCCAAGAUAGCUCGUCGGGUGAAAGACUAUAAAGUUGAGGAGUUAAAUCCCCCAAGACCAGGAAAAAGACUGCUCGUUCUAGAUAUUGACUAUACACUCUUUGAUCAUAAGUCAUGUGCAGAAACAGGCCAGGAGCUGAUGAGACCAUACUUACAUGAAUUUCUUACAUCAGCAUAUGAGGACUAUGAUAUUGUCAUCUGGUCUGCAACAAGUAUGAAGUGGAUUGAUGCUAAAAUGAAAGAACUGGGUGUGACGGACAACCCAAACUAUAAGAUCACCUUCAUGUUGGACAGUGCAGCUAUGAUCACUGUGCACACACUUAAAAGAGGAGUCGUAGAGGUGAAGCCUUUAGGAGUCAUAUGGGGUAAAUAUAGUGAGUUCUACAACAGAAAGAACACAAUUAUGUUUGAUGACAUCGGAAGAAACUUUCUCAUGAAUCCACAGAAUGGACUGAAGAUCAGACCAUUCAUGAAGGCACACUUAAACCGUAAGAAAGACAAAGAACUCUAUAAGCUGUCUCUGUAUCUGAAAGAGAUUGCUAAACUUGAUGACUUCUCAGGUCUCAACCACAAGCACUGGGAAAGGUACCUUUCAAAGAAGCAGAAUCAAUAACAUCUUCAGCACUGAGGUGAAUCUGCUGUCUAGAAAGAUUUGGUGCUGGAAAUUCCAUCCUUACGAAACAACUGCUGGUCAAAAGAUCUGCUUCUCUGUAUCUUGCGUUGUCCAUCUUCAUCUCUUUAUAGUGGUCAUUACUGCAGGACA